UAAUCAUCAAUGGCAUCAUGCCAUUUACCAAAAUAAUUGCAAGACAGCACAGGUAGAUAUAUUAUCUGCUGUGUCUCUUGAGUUAUGAACUGUAGGUAGCUGAAACGCAUGGUAGUAUUACUAGGCCUGGCUUCAAGUACAGCAGCACGCACUGUGCUUGAGUUUCCUCAGUUACUUAGUGUAAGACAGUUGCAGAAUUCAACCAAUCAAUCAUCAUGUUUCGUCGUGGUAUUUCACUGUCAUCUACACUUUAUCCUCGCGCUGGGUUUUCGUAUGUUUCCGAAGAAAAGUCUGCCAACCAUUUCAGAACGCGAUGGUUCGGGUGGUGUUUCCUGAUGUCGAGCUUUCUGCCCCGCCGGUUGCCGUUCUUCAACUCAGUUGCAAUCCACUCUCUUCUUCGUACCCGGCUUUCUUCAUGAAUUCGGUCGGCCUGUUCCGAGGUGGUCUUGUCCGGCCCGGUAGUUCACCAGGAACAGUUGCCAUGAUGCCGCUUGGGCAACGGGUCGUUGACAAAGUUAUGUGUCUCAUUGAGGCACAGAUGAGUGGAGUGAACGCACACAAGAUCAACUUGCCAAUCCUGACAGCUGAUUCCAUUAUGCAAGAGUCUGGACGCUGGGAUGAAUUUGGCAAUUCCUUGUUUCGAGUCAAGGAUCACUCCGGUCGAUUCAGUUGCUUAGGGCCAACCCACGAGGAAGCAAUAUCAAACCUGGUUGGUUGCAAUGCGAAGCCAUCUUAUCAUGAUCUCCCUAUCCGCAUGUAUCAGAUCGGUGCUAAGUUCCGGGAUGAAUCUCACACCGGACUUUUGAGGACAAGAGAAUUUUUGAUGAAAGAUUUGUACUGCUUUGAUAUCAACACUGCCAAAGCGGAGGUAACCUUUGGGCAAGUAUGCGAUGCUUACAACCGCAUAUUCAGAGCACUUGAGCUUCCUUUUAGGCAAGUGGAUGGUGAUGUGGGUCUCAUGGGUGGCCAACUAUCCAGCGAGUUUCAAUCCAUCUCAGAAGCUGGUCAAGAUACUGUAUUUCUUUGUUCAACAUGUGGAAAAGCAUGGAAUUCAGAAAUGGCAGAUAGCCAAGGGCAUUGUUCUGACGAGUGCCAAAUUGAGGAAAAGAAGACUAUAGAGAUUGGACAUGCUUUUCUUCUCGGCGAUCGGUACUCUAAACAAUUCAAUGCUGUCUAUACCUCACCUGAGGAUACACAAGAGCCAUGCGUGAUGAGUUGUUAUGGUAUUGGGAUCAGCCGCGUACUAGCUGCCAUCAUUGAAGCACAUUGGUCAGAUGAAAAGAACUACUUGGUCUGGCCUAAGGCCUUUGCACCACAUUCGAUCUCAGUUCUCUCGCUGGGAAAGCCCAGGGAAGAACGUCUGGAGAAAGCACGCUCGGUUGCAGAGACACUGUGCCGUAGCCUGUGCACAGCUACCAGCUCUGGCCACUCUCAUCUUCAGUGUGGCUCGGAUAUUCUCUUGGAUGACAGACUUUGGUGGCCGGAUGGGAUGCGGCUAAAAGAGGCAGAGUUGCUUGGCUCGCCUUACUUAGUGGUUGCUGGGAAAAAGAGCAAUGAAGGCUUAUAUGAACUACAACAUCAGCCAUCAAGAGAGCGCGAGCUUCAUUCACUGGAUGCCUUGGUGGAACGCUUGCGUGAACUACUGGCCAAGGAUCAAGAGUUGCCUCCUGCUACUGCUCCUGCUGAUUUGUGAAGGUGUCUGACGCUGCAAGUCAAAAAUUGAACUUGAUAGCAUUAUGUACAGCAGCGUUUUCAUACGCACUGGGAAUCUGUAUCACAGAGCACAGUUCCCGUCCAGUGUGGACAUGUGUGCGGGACAGGUAUGGUGCAUGCAGUGUGAACAGUUUAGUACAGAGACUUACUCAUCCGGGAACCUAGGCACAGUGCACAAGAUUGCACUGAUUCUCCUGCACUACUGUCUACUGUACCACCAGUAGUGCCAGUAGUGUUCCUAGUGCUCAUUCAUUUUCUCAUAUGAGAAUGACUUUCCAAUGUCAUGGUGUAGACUCAAGUGUAUAUACAUGUACAUCAGUUCUGCGGUGCACCGUAAUGAUGUUGCCAACGUCUUUUUGCUAAACAUUGUGUGCAGGCCAAGGUGGGGUGUUGAAAAAGUGCAAAGACUCCACCGUACUCCACUGUGGCCAUCCGUUAUACCGGUAUGAAUUUAUAAUUAUAAUCAUCUCGCACUUCAAAACAGUCUCUGGGCAACACGAAGCAUAGAAUAAACGCUGAUGCUGUAGUGUCUAUGGGAACAUUUAUUGACCUUCAUAAAUACCCAUAAUUAGUAACCACGCCAUCAACAGUAUUAAAUUCCAAUAUUAAACUUGAUUUGCUUUGAUUCAAUGCAUCCGAUUUACCGGCAUUAGCAUGACUAGUUUGCCAUAACCCCAAAAUCUAAUCUUUUAGUUAGGGGCUAUUUCGGCACCUUUAAUGUUAUAGCCUUUAGUAUAGCAUGUUUACACGCUACAUUCAAUAAAAGGCCGGCUCCACACUACGUUCUUGUGAAACGGCAUAUCCACACAUGAAUGUGACAUUUUUAUUCCCGUAGCUAUGCAGAAGACGUUACUUCAGUAACGUCUGGCGCUAGCCAGGGUCCACACAGCUUUAA